AUGGCCUCUUCGUUGUUGGCCCUCAGUGAUUUAAUACGAUUCCAAUUGGAGCGCAUCAAACUAGAUGAAUUCACCUACAAGGAUGAGUUGCAUCUGCUGCGCCAACUGUUGGCGCUCGAUAUGCCACAACCGAUGCACGCGCUACACUCAAACGGCAGCAGUCAAGAGCAUAACCAGCCAACGCAAGCGAACGCGGUGCCGCUACCAACAUGCACACCGACCACACAAGCGCAAGUGCAAACGCAGUUGCCGGCGCACACGCAGACGCAAACACCUUUGCGCCUGCAAGCGCCACAGCAUCACCAACAUCAACAGCAGCAGCAGCCGCCACCACAACAACAGUACAUACACGCGUUGGGACCAUUGCCGCCGCCACCAUCAUCGUCGUCRCCCGCGUCGCAAUACAAGCCAAAGUCAUUGCCGCAAAAUCACUAUCCACCGCCGCCAACACAAAGUCAGAGUCAAUGUCAGCUCAGCAGCGCGGCGUACGGUCAAUCGUACAAUAAUAGCCAGCAGCAUCAAAACGCGAAUCAUCACAACAGUCACGGUCACAGUCAGAGCCAACAGAAUCUCUAUCCACCCAGCUAUAGUCCGGUGCAACAAAAUCAACUCAACUACACGCAGAGUCAGAAGCAGCGACAAAAGCAACGCCGCUUUCAGCAGCAAAAUUCUAAGCGCUCACAACAAUAUUUGCAACAACAGCAGCAGCAACAACAGCCACAGAAUCGCAGCAAAUUGCAUGUUGGCGCGCCGUCAGAUAGUGAUGGCGCAGCCACGGCGGAUGAGUCGAACAAUGCCGCCGCUGGCGCCAACAAUCAUCAUCAACAGCAACAGCAGCAAACGCCGUCACCUGGUGUUGCUGGCGUCUAUGUUGGCGCCGCCUGCAAUGGCGGUAUUGGCGCGCUUGGUAGUAGCGGUGAGCUGGCGGAUGAGGAGCUAGUGGGCGCGGUUGGUGGCGGCGCCAACGCGGCAAAUGGUGGCAUUGGCGGCAGUGAAGAUGGCUCCAGUGCCAGCAGCAAUGCUGACCUACACAAGGAUUUCAAAGUCCAAGUACUCGAGUGGUUUCAACAGUUGUACGUCCAAACGGAAUCGUUCAGAUCGGACGAGGAGUCACAACGUGUCCGUGAGGCGGGCAAUAAUUGCUAUCGCAAGGAACAUCAUCCACUCAAGGCAUGCGAUCUAUAUACUGAGGCUAUAUUUUUAGCGCCCGUCGAAGAGGAUGCAGACAAUACGACAGCGGCAAUGGCGCAUGCGAAUCGUUCGACUGUGUUGCAUGAUUACGGCAUGUAUGAGGAAGCCUACGACGAUUGCCUGUGCGCGCUGGAGCUCGGCUAUCCGGAAGAGUAUAACGCGUUGAUCAAACUACGCCAAGCCGCUUGUGCCUUAAAGUUGCGUAACUUUGCGCUCUGYGAACUGCAUGUGCACGAGCUGCUGCACAUGGAUCUCUCCGAGGCGUUUGAGGCACGUACACACGAACUUUGGCACGAAUGCGAGGUGCUGAAAUCGGAAAARGUCGAUAUGGGCGUGCAAACGGACGACGAUCAUUAUGUGGCAGCGGCCGCCAYGGCGCCACAACACAUACYACACGGGAGCAACAGCAAUCGGCUGAAGGUGUACGAAGUCGCCUGGUCGGACACGUCGAAUGCGAUUACAACGACACGACGCGCCUACUUGCGCGCCACCACAGACAUUGUGCGCCACAUGCCGAUCUUCAGCGAGGAGGCMGCCAUCUUUGUGUCCAGCGGUCARGCGCGCAUCUGCGACAAUUGCGCCAUCACACAGUUCAUACCAUUUCCAUGCGACUACUGUUCGAAUCGCACAUCCGUUUACUGCUCGCGUAAAUGUCGCGCUCAACACUCAUCCAUACACGUGCUCGAAUGCUUCGCCCACCAGAUUGAGCUGUUCGAAGAAUUCGGCGAUGCGUUCGCCAAACCGCGCCUACUGCAGCUCGCCUUUCGCAUGCUCAUCACCGGCUUGCCGCAGGUGAUGCCGCAUUGUCGCAAACGACCGACGGUAAACAARAUGUGGAACGCCUUCAAUGGCAUACUCACCGAACGCACGGACAUACCAUAUUCGGCGCUGUUGCGCCUCGAAGCGCACCUCGAUAAAAUCGAYGCCGAGACAACCGUUUCACUCGCCAUUGCCGCACACAUACUAGCCAUCUAUUUGGCUGAGUGCACGGACUUUUUYGAGCACCUCGAUCUCAUGAUGCCCGCCACAACGAAGCUGACGCGCAGCGAAUGGAUUCUGCUCUCGGCCGCGCUGCUGUUGCGUCACAUCGGCCAGCUGAGACACAAACAUCUCACGCACUGCCCGUCCUUUGUGUUGCCCGCAGAUCCGCACAUAAUGUCGCCGCUGCACGAAUUUAGYCUCUGGUCGGCGGUAAAACACAUACGGCAGGGUCAAUUGCAUUUGUUGGCCGGCGAUGUGGCGUGCGUCGCCUACGCCGUCUAUCCGCAGACGUUGAGCUUGUGUCGGCAGUCGUGUGCCGGUCAAGUGUAUCGUAAACAUUCGGGGCGUCAGGUGACCGCUUAUGCCACAUGUGACAUUCUAUUGGGCGCUUGCAUUGGCAAUUGUUUCGUUUACGCUGGUGAUUAUCGACAAUCGUUGUACGAGACACGGAGGCAGGACCUCAAGGUGCGCGGCAUCGACUGCAAGUGCGACAAGUGCUUUCGUCCAUAUCCGGAUGAGGAUUUUCAUAAAUUUCAUCGCUAUCGCUGUGAUAAUCCGAAAUGCAUGCAAAUAUUCACACCAAACGCCAGCGAUUUGAAAUACACGCGCAACUUACGCUGGUGGCGCAGUCCAUAUUACACACACCCGAACAACGAGGGCGCCGAUCUGUUGGUGUGCAGCGCCUGCGACGAAACGCAAAAGCUGGAAUGGUUUUGGACCUUCAAUACGGCACUGAGCGACUGCGAUUCGGUUGAGAUGCGCUGUAAGUUGUACGCGGCCRUUGAGCGAGCCGACACGCAACUCGUUGAAAUGAACGAGUGCAAAGUCGCUUUGGCGCGCCAACUAGUCGAGCAGUGCUUGUUGAUGCAUCGAGAGGGACAAAAACCGCUCGACGAUUGGGAAUUCAAUAAGCUGGGCUCGAUUAUGCGCAACGCGCUUAAUAUUGUAGCUGCACAAUGUGGUGUCUUUAGCAUAGAAUAUAUACAGCAUAUGUCCUAUUUUUGGGACAUCAUGGCGCUUAGCAAUUACAAAUGUGGCGAUAAGGAACUGAUGCAGAUGUUGCAAGCGCUCGAAUACAUACCGGAUGAGUAUAAAGAGAUCUUCAUCAACUACUAUGAUGACUUCAUAACACCGAAAUUCGCGGAGGAGACCUAUACCAGUCUCAUGGAUACGCAAGUCUAG